GUGCUCUCACAAGUGAGAAUCUGCACGCAAGACCUCAGUGAGGGAGGGACUAUUUCUCCAUCUGUAUUGUGACUUCACUAAAUUGACUGCCCAGUAAGCCUAGCAACCCUUCUUGCCACAGAAUGUUGUCAUGCUAUUUGCAGUGGCACUUCAUGGGCCAUCUUGCUACUACAUUCCAAAAUAACAAGCCAGAGGGGCUCCCUGGACUCUUCCACAGGUCAUAGAGAAGAAUCUCUUCAACCGUAUGUGGAAAGAUUAAAUGGCAGAAGUUUACAUGCUUCAGUUCCUACCUGGCAUCAUUUAUCCUCUGGAAGAAAACAAGCCCUGUGAUGACCAGAAUCACCACAAAAAGAGUUUCAUGUAAAGAAUGAUCAGUACGGAGGACAACGCUGGAGAUCCUGGGGUUCUGAGACCUUUAAACACAGACGGGGGGACAGAGUCUCGUUUUGUUGCCCAGGCUGCUCUUGAACUCCCAGGUUCAAGCAAUCCUCCUGCUUCGGCCUCCCAAAGUGCCAGGAUUACAGCACUGAUCGGCUUUAGGCAGAAGCUUUUGAAAUAAGGUGAUAUUAUGAAACGUUCACGAAACAAUUCUGUACCAUCUGUGCAAGACUGUUUUUGUAAGAAACCUCUAAAAUUUAAUGACAUUUCCUGCAGCUACAGAGAAGGCUGAAAUACAAACAGUCCCUUUCCCGAAAACGAGGUGCUAUUUCAAUCACAUUUCUCACCAGCACUUUUCUUUUUUGCGAAAGUGUUUGUCCUAGUGAUGUGAACGUAUGACAAACGUCAAUGGUUAAUAAGAUAACCAGAAACUGUGAAAAUCAAACGUGCCUGGAACGCAUCAGUUUCACACUUUUAGUCCUUCGCUUGAGACUCAAGGGCCACAUGGCCAGGUAAGUCUUUCACCUCUGGAAACCGUUCAACAUCCUUCCAGUAAGAAAUAAUCGUUAAGGGCAAGGUGUUAAAGAAAUCCAGUGAGCUGUUCCCCACGGGUCACCGCCUCCCUCCACCUGCCUCCACCCUCCGACCGCGCACUGAAAGCAAAAAGCUUAGACAGGAGCGAGCGAGGCCAGAGACUACAACUCCCAGCAGGCGUCGCGGCAGUGGGAGGUCACGCAUGCGUAACCCAGGCCCCAGGACUACAGUCUCGCUGCCGGCCUUCUGCGAGGGGAGAAUGGCGGCGUCCCCGCUGCGGCUAGGACCGGAAAAGCUCUUUGAAAUGCCUGCGGUGCUGGGGCGACUGAGCCGCUAUCAGAGCACGUCCCAGGCCUUUGCUGAGGUGCUGCGGCUGCCGAAGCAGCAGCUGAGGAAGCUGCUGUACCCGCUGCAGGAAGUCGAGCGGUACCUCGUCCCCGACGGGAGGCAAGACCUUCACCUGCGGAUCUUUAACCCGAGCCUGGAGGACAUCGCGAGGGCGGAGAGCGUCUUCAAGGCCACCGAACGUAACCGCAUCGACUACGUCAGCUCCGCCAUCCGUAAGGACCACGCCCCGGACCUCCCCCGGCCUGAGGUGUGUUUUAUAGGCAGAAGCAAUGUUGGAAAAUCCUCCCUAAUCAAGGCUUUAUUUUCACUGGCCCCUGAGGUUGAAGUCAGAAUCUCCAAAACACCAGGACACACAAAGAAAAUGAACUUUUUCAAAGUUGGAAAACAUUUUACGGUGGUGGACAUGCCAGGUUAUGGCUAUAGAGCACCUGAAGAUUUUGCUGACAUGGUAGAGACCUACCUAAAAGAACGAAGCAACUUGAGGAGAACAUUUUUAUUAGUGGAUAGUGUUGUUGGAAUUCAAAAAACAGACAAUAUUGCCAUUGAAAUGUGUGAAGAAUUUGCAUUACCUUAUGUGAUUGUUUUAACAAAGAUUGACAAAUCUUCCAAAGGACAUCUUUUAAAACAAGUGCUUGAGAUCCAGAAAUAUGUUAACACAAAAACUCAAGGAUGUUUUCCUCAGUUGUUUGCUGUAAGCAAAUGCAACUGCAGUUUGACGACGUCCCACUUCAGCCCUGAUGUCCUGCGGCUGCUGGACAUCACAUUUUAAAGAAAAGAGACCUGAAAUAGACUUCUACUCAUAACAACAACAGAAAAAGUAAGGAAACAUAAAUUUUGUAAUACACAUACCUAGUACCUUGAGCUUCCAGAUGUUUAAGCCGGUUGCUUUUAAGAAGUUUGUUACCCAGAAAAAUGGCCUGAGCUUUGAGUUUUUUGUUUCUGCACCAUACAACUGCCAUUUGGAUUUCUUCAGAAAGUUGUGUGAAAGACGCAGCCUCUCGGAAUCUUUGUACAAAACUUCUGACUUGAAUUGCCAUUACUUUCUGAGAAGAAGGCUUGGUUGUCUUUAGUUUAAAAUCAGAGCUGGUCUGAAAUGUGAAAAGAUGAGAAAAAUAGGACAUGUUACUGACUUGUAAUUAUACGACAACAGGGAAAGCUAGCUCACAAUCAAAAUUUAAAAAUUAGAAUGAUGAGUCCUUAAAUGCUUGAAGUGAUGGCUACGCCAAUCGCCCUGUGAUUAUUAGGCACUGUAUACCUGUAACAAAGUAUCUUAUGUACCCCAUAAAUACAUACACCUGCUAAGUAGCCACAAACAUUUUAAAAGAUGAAUUAUUUAUCUUAAGGAAGUUUUCCUCAUGUCUUUAAAACCUGAAUUUUUCUCCACUGCUCUAAAUACAAGUUGUUUUGUUUUCCCCUCUGUACCAGGACAGGUUCCAUCUGCAGCUGAGUUAGAUGGAGACAGGAGAGUUAACAUAAAUAUUCUAACACACGUAUCUCACACACACAACAAUAAAACCUACAUGAUUAAAUACUGGCAAAAGCCUAACUGCAGGGGGGUAGGGGUGGGGUCACUGAAAGGCCCUUCUCCUCUACAUCACUAAACUACCACAACUUGUUUUUCACUUAUUUCCAUAUCCUGAGCAAACAUCUUCAAUGUUAGAAAUGUUUCUGAAAACAGGACAGACAUGGGGCCCUGCAAAGUGCCCAGCAGGGUAGGCACAUUCAUCAGCUAAUGACCACUGAACAUGUUAAAAAUGCUCAACUGAGCAACAUUCCAGCUCUACUUCAACCAUCUUCUGACAAGGCGCCUUUACUUCUUCAACCCCUUCUUUCUAUAAUCAAGUCACAUUUGGAUUUUACUAUUGUUUACUGUUUUGUUUUUGAGACAGAGUUUCGCUCUUGCUACCCAGGCUGGAGUGCAAUGGCACCAUCUCGGCUCACCGCAACCUCUGCCUCCUGGGUUCAAGCAAUUCUCCUACCUCAGACUCCCAAGUAGCUGGGACUACUGGGCGUGCGCCACCAUGCCCAGCUAAUUUUUGAAUUUUUGGUAGAGACAGGGUUUCACCAUGAUGGUCUCGAUCUCUUGACCUCAUGAUCCACCCGCCUCGCCUCCCAAAGUGCUGGGAUUAUAGGCGUGAGCCACCGCGCCCGGCCACGUUUACUGUUUCUUUAUGAAAAUAUGCUACCUACAACAUGAUGUGCUCUAUCUUUCUGCUUACCGUCUUCCAAAUUUCUUACACUUUAAAAAGAAGUAUAAAAUAUGAAAGUAACAACCCAUGUCAAUAGUUUAUGUUUGGUCAUCAACAGAAGUAGCUUGCUUUAAAAGCAAGCUAAGCGUGUUAGUGCGAUUUGCGAAAAGUAUAGUAGCGAUUAGUCUUGAAUAAGAGGGAUGCUGACCCACCAACUUCAAAACCAGCUCACCUACAAACAGGUGCACAGGCAGCAGAAGUUUCAAGGCUCACAAAGCACCACAGUUCUUGAGACACAGUUGAAAAACUAUUCUGGGGACUGGUGAAUGGUAAUGAAGAGAGACUAUGAAACCACACUGCCUGCACUCAAAUCGCAGCUCUGCCAUUUAUUCAUUGUGUGGCCUGGCCAACCUUCUUGGCCUAUGUCUCAGUUUCCUCAUCUGAAAUAUGAAGAGAGUAAUACGCAUGCCCACCUUACAGAGCUUUUGUGCUAUUAAUAAUUAUAGGACUUCAUGCAUGUAAAGCACUUAGAACAGUGCCUGGCACAGAAAGUAUUAUUCCUCACUCUGAAUGCACAAAUUGGACAGCACGUCAAUGGAAGAUGGAGUCCUUAAAGUUCAAGAGAGUACACUUGAGGAUUCCUGAAGGGAAGUAUAACCCAUGAAGAAUACCAGAAGUAAAGGCACUUUGUAAAGACGGGGUUAAAAAAAAGUCAAAUUACUGAGUAAAACACUAACGCUCUGAUAUACUUAUAUGCUGUUAGGCUCCGAACAGAAUUUACAGAUAUGAAUAAAUCAUGUUAAAACUUGAACCUCAACAAGAGUAAAGGAACAGCUUCAUGACAAAUGACGAGGAUGAUGACCCAAAUGAUGGCAGUAGCUAACAUCUAACUCCAAUGAAAUGCUUACCAUACUCCAGACUCCUGAACACUCUACCUGCAUUAAACUGGCACAGCCCUAGGAGGCGCAUAUCACCAUUACAAAACAGAGAUACGAAGAGAUCAGGAAACUUACAGAAGGUCACACAGCUGGUACCAAAGCCAGGAUUCAAACCAUCUGUCUGACUGCAAAGCCUAUAUGCUUCACCUGCAGCACAAUCCAUACUUAGUGAUAGAUCAUGCAGUUCCUUUAAAAUUCUAGAGAAACUCCUACUAAAACAUUUUUAAAGGUACUCUAUUAACUAAAUUAACUGGACGUAUUAAAAAUCCCCUGCCCCUAUUCAUUCAGAAGCAAACAGUGACAAUAAGAAGGCAUUAAGCAUAGAGCUGGGAUAAAAUGAGAAAAUUCAAUCUCUGCCCUUGGUAAGAAGCAUCCUCUGCAAAUCAGCAGAAAUCAUAAGCUAAAUUUAAUGAAGCCAGACAAACCUGAGAAGCUUUGUUUUUCAGCUGGUUGCAGAAAGCCCUCACAUCAAAUUCUGAUGACUUUUCUGUGGAGGUGGAAAAAUUGUAGAUAAAAAAAACUCAGGUACACUAUUUUCAAAUCUACAACAAAUUCUUAAGUGCACGACAUUUCUUGCUAAAUUACUACAUAAGAUAUAAAGAAAUAAAGGAAGCAAAAAAACUAGAAAGCAACUACAGAAAUAAACAACUUUAAGUACUCAAGCUUAGAAGGCAUAGGUAUUACAGUACCUCUCUAAAGAUAAUCAAUGUGGGUCAAAAUUAAGAUGUGAGAUGUUGAAUGUUUCUCCAUGCAGUGAAGGAUUAUGCUUUCAACAGAGUUUAUUUGUUUUUUUACUAGAGUAUGUGCUGUAUCAAAGCAAAUUACCUCUGAAGACUUUCUUAUUCCUUACUGGCUGUCCAAUAUCCUCAUUAUUCUGUCUAUUUAUCUUCAUUUGUUCAGCAUUUUUGGAAAUUCCAAGUAAGGUUUCUUCAAUGGCCUUUGGUGACUGCUCACUUAUUAAAAACAGUUUAUUUAGCCAUUUAGUUAUUCCUCUAGCUGCAAAAGCUGUAGGUAUUUCUUUCUUAAAGACUUCAAAAAAUGGCUCUCCUAAAAAUUCAACGAUAUCAGAAGGAAAGGUAAAAUCUUUGAAGUAAGGCUUUGGUUGAAUCCUAGAGACCUCUUGAAGCAAUCCAAACAAAGUCUCGUAGAACAAAAUCAACCUUUUUAAAACACCUUUAUAGAGAACCCUAGAGAAAGAAACAAAAGUUGAUUAGUCAGUAAUUACAAUUUGCAGAUUACAUAAAAAAACUUGCAAGAUUAAAAGCUGAAAAUAAACGGCUAUCAAGGUCUUCUGGUAUGUAUAAAAAAACACUUGCAAACAGCCAGAUUAGUCCAACACAACAGAAAAAUCCCAAGUAUAAAAUGUUACUCAAGACCUGGCGCAGUGGCUCAUACCUAUAAUCCUAGCACUAUGGGAGGCCAACGUGGGCAGACCACUAGGUCAGGAGAUCAAGACCAUCCUUGGCCAACAUGAUGAAAUUCAGUCUAUACUAAAAUACAAAAAAAAAUGAAGCCGGGCAUGGUGGUGCACGCCUGUAGUCCCAGCUACUGGGAAGGCUGAGGCAGGAGAAUCACCUGAACCCAGGAGGUGGAGGUUGCAGUGAGCCAAGAUCUCACCACUGCACUCCAGCCUGGUGACAGAGCAAGAUUCCACCUCAAAAACAAAAAAAACUUACUCAAAAAACCAUAGGACAGUCCACCAGGAAAAACAUAUUUAUAUUCAAAAACAAAGUAUUACAUGGAGAAAUGUACAAAAGGAUGCAUAUCAAAGUCUUAAGUGUGAUUUUAUCUAGAUGGUGAGAUUUUAGGCAAACUUCAGGUUCUUUACAUUUUUAAUUUCUUAAAAUAGGCAUGUAUUAUUGUAAUUAGCAAAAAUUAAUGCUAUUUUCAUUGCAGAAAAGUUUGAAAGGUUUAGCAUUUUAAAAUAAUAUGAUUAGUAAUCAAACACUGUUAUCUCUGAUUAAGAAUAAGGAUAAAAAACAAAAUGAUAGGAAAUAGUACUUGAGAUAAACAGGUUAAGACAUCAAAACAUUUUCUAUCUCUAAACACAGAAAAACUUUUCUUUCUUCCCCUCCCAGUGUUUUCUUACAUUCAUAUUAGAGCUAAUAAUCUUAAUUGCUUGAAAUAGCAGAAAACAGGCCUUCUUAUGAAUACAAAUUCUAAUCAUCAGAUCAGUUUCACAACACGUACUGAGAGACAUACAAAGGACAUCUCUUUAGUUUACAAGUAUUACCGGCGUACAUUAACUAAAUAUGCUUAGAAAAGCAGUGGUGUUUCAGGUAGCACAUAAGAAGGUCAAAAACCCUAGUUAUCAUUGCCAUUUAAAAUUAGAAACCAAGUGACAGAAAGCAUCAAGUGAUAUAGGCAGCCCAGGAAUAGCAUCGCUUUAAAUGGCCUGUGUGACUACUGCCAACCAUCAUUUAUUACUGCAAUUCCCAGUCUGAGACAUUAAUUUUUUUUAAUGCUCAAUACAGGUCCACUGAUGUUUCACUACAACCUCCCAUGACCCAGAUUUCAGUGUCACACCAGUCACUCCCGGUUGUUUUAGUUGCUCAGUGUUGGGCUUAUCUUGUGGACUGAGAUAUAGAGCCCACUCCUCUGACAUAACCAUCAGCACUUGGCUUCCCAUCUACCCCCAGAAAACUCUGAUCAAAUCAAGAAAGAGAAUACCUGCACCUUCCAUAACCCCAUAGGAAAGUUAAGUUUGAAUACUACUACUAAGAAACUAGGCUGACAGGAAAUGAGAAAGAAAUGAAGGAUUUCAGAAGUAUGUACAUACCAUAGCCUGCUCACCAGCCCUACUAUCACAAGGUUUAAAAUAAUGAACUCUUGCAAACCUAGAUGUUUCACAGUCCAGCUGGAAGAUCAAUUUAAGGCGGGAAAACAAACCAAAGUUAAUUUGAGUUUUGUAAGUUACAAUCAUGAAUGAAGAAAUAUGUUAGACGUAAAGAGAAUUUUCUCUUUUUUUUUGAGAUGGAGUUUUGCUCAUUACCCAGGUUGGAGUGCAAUGGCGUGAUCUUGGCUUACCGCAACCUCUACCUCCUGGGUUCAGGCAGUUCUCCUGCCUCAGCCCUGAGUAGCUGGGAUUACAGGCAUGCGCCACCACAUCCAGCUAAUUUUUUGCAUUUUUAGUAGAGACGGGGUUUCACCAAGUUGACCAGGAUGGUCUCGAUCUGUUGACCUCGUGAUCCACCCGCCUUGGCCUCCCAAAGUGCUGGGAUUACAGGCUUGAGCCACCGUGCCCGGCCGAGAAUUUUCUUAAAGUAUUAAAGCCUUAAAUCAUGUUCUAUUUAAGAAUUUUAAACUUUAAAAUACGGUAAUAAACACUCUGCUAGUGCUCCUAUUAUUAAAUUUAAUUCUUAAAGUUUAGUUUCUAAGUUUAAGAAUCUCUAGCCAUCAAUGCUUUUAGAUAAUACAUGCUGAACAGUGACAGGCAGUCUCUGGCAAUGGCCACAUCAGGUAAUUCCUGAGAAAAGGAGGCCAAGAAGCAAAAGUUUAAGAAUUCCUAAAGGUUAUAACUCCUGUCAAGUAUUAGCUUUCAAACAAAACUACUGUUAAGUAUAUCCAAACAAUUUCAAUUCAGAAGAGGGUGUAUUUUAAGAGAUUCCAGGAUACAGAAAUGUUUUGCAGCAGCAGUCCAGCAAGCGAAGCAGCAACUGGCAGGCUCCCAAAACCUUCAUCAACACCACCUCCAGCACUGGCUGACCAGGGACAGCACUGGUAUUUACGGGCUGAUUUUUACUUGG